AAGACGAGUAUUUAUGUUCUGUGAUGCCGAUGUAAUCGUUUUCUGAUUUUCUCAGCUUUCAGUCAUUUUAAGAAUGAACUUUGGAGGCGUGAGCCAUUAAUUAAAAAAGAUUGAGUGAAUAACGACGUUCAACGAGCAUGGCCAAGCAUCAUCCGGAUUUAAUCUUCUGUCGCAAGCAACCGGGAGUCGCCAUUGGUCGAUUAUGCGAGAAAUGCGAUGGUAAAUGUGUCAUCUGUGACUCCUACGUAAGGCCGUGCACCUUGGUUAGAAUAUGCGACGAGUGCAAUUACGGUUCUUAUCAAGGACGUUGCGUGAUAUGCGGUGGUCCCGGCGUAUCGGACGCGUAUUAUUGUAAAGAAUGCACGAUACAGGAAAAAGACAGAGACGGAUGUCCCAAGAUAGUCAACUUAGGAAGCUCAAAGACAGAUCUCUUCUAUGAGAGAAAGAAAUAUGGAUUUAAAAGAAGAUAA